AUGUGGGAGAUAUGCCUGAAUGAAUGCGUUUUGUGUCUGUGCUCACAUCAAAGGGAUGGCGUCAAACAAGUCUUUGCUGGUCUUGCUGAUGGAACUCUUGCUGUCGUUGAAAAUGUCCAAGGACGUAUGCCGAAGCCUGAAGUGUUUUAUGUUGUUAUUGGUUCAAGUCCUGUAACAUGCUUACAAUUGGUUGGGAGAAGAUUAUGGUGUGCUUGUGGUCCAAACGUUACUGUACUCAGUGCAAGGACACUGGAUGUUGUGGAGCAGUUCCAAGCGUCAUCGAAUAAUUUGGACUACAUCUAUCGCAUGCUUGUUGGAGACCAAGGAGUAUGGAUUACGUUAAGAGGUUCAUCUAUUCUCCAGCUGUGGGAUCCAUAUUUUCUCAACUGUAGAUUACUGUAUGACAUCAGAGAGAAUUAUAGUUCUCGAUCAUCAAAAGUUGAUGAAGCAUAUACGAACCAUGCUAGAAUCACCAGUAUUUUGCCCCUAGAUAACACAAUUCUCGUUGGAACAGCCGAUGGGACUUUUAUUGUUUACGAUGUUAUUGCUCGAAAAUCACCCAGUGUGAGUGCCUCGAAUUCUCCUCAACCACCAGAAAACCCGGAAUCUGGUCACGCUAAACAGAUACAAGAAAGGCUCCAAAAACUUCUUCUGGAGCAACAAUCAUCAGAUACGGAUGGAGAUCUAAAUACGCGAUGCAGUAACAGUCCUAACUUAACUCCAAGUAGUAAUGUCAGUCGAAGAAGUAGUGCAUCCGAUAGAAGUAGCAGAGAUUCCAUUGGAUCUGUCGGUUCAGAUCCUGGAGUUGACGAAGAAUCCCGGAAAAGUCCAGCGUUACUGCCUCCAGAAGUCGAAAGAAGUCCUCGCCUCCAAAGAGGAAUCCGAAAAUCCUCGUUCGCAAUCAGUGCUCCAAUCGCUGAGGAAAAAGAAACGAAAUUCGACGAAGAAGAGGAGGAACAAAUAAUCCCAGACAAAGACAAGCUAUCAAUAUCGAGUACCACGACACUCGAGCCAACUGCAAUUUCAACUCAGGUCGAAUCACAACCACAAGAACAAACAGAAAUAAAAGAAAAACAAGAAACUGUGACACAAACGCAACAAGGUGCUGCGGGGGAGAACGUCGUACCAGAACUGGAAAAGAAAAGGAAAUCCUCUGACCCAAAAGAAUUUUAUCGCUUUCGCCAUAUUGAUGCCGGUGAUCUGGCGUCCUCUGAUGGCGGUGAUAAAAUAGUUUCAGCUUUAGAAUUCCAAGAUGAUUCUCUUAAAUCUGCUAAGAAACGAUAUCAGUCAUUGAGUGCUGAAGAUAUACCGACUUGGGUUGCUCAGGAAAAACCACAACCUGUCAUAUCUGCGAGGGGAGACGUCACAUUUGAGUAUAAAAGUAAACUGCCAUCUAUCAAAGCUUUCAUUCGUCGUGAGGCAAACGAGCUGGCAUCGUUCCUAAAAAGACAGCAACAUCCAAGUGAAGAGGAAGAGGUUCCUAUCAUAAAAAGUGGUAAAUGCCCAUUGUUUAGCAUUCGUCCUCCCACCUUAGAUAUUGCUGAUCAUCAACUGCAUCUGUUUUCCGCAAAGCAUUUUCCUAUAGAAGAGCCUGUAGCAGAACCACCUGUUGAAAGUACUUUUCAAUUGCCUCCUACCAGACCUGGUAACGCUUCUUUACCAGACUCCAGAAGGUCUUCGGGAGUCCCAGAAGAAUCUGCACUGCCACCAUCCUAUUUAGCAAGCGAUGAAGAAUUUUUAAGUACAGCACAAUUCAAUGAUCUCUUGCAGCUGCAAGACUGGACUCGAACAUCUAGAAAAGGGUCAGACACUGCCAGUAACAUCUCCAUGAACAGUGCGGAAGUUCCGUUUGCCUUUGAACUGCAUCUGAGACAAAUGCUUAAAAUAUCGGACAAACCAGUAAAAAGUCUAUUAAAAACUAGGGUAAUAAAUCCCGAAGGGACCAAUUUGCAAGAUGAAACUAUUAUUGUAAGUUGUGCUGGUCAUUACAAUGACGAUGAAGCUGUUCUCAAAUGGACACGAGAUAAAAGUUCGGAAGACCAAAUGUGGUCCAAUGACGUCAUAAUAGAUGUCUGCCCUUUGACCCAUACUAUGAAACCAUCUCCAUUUGCUCGUGUAAGAUUGCCAAGACGAGCAUCAGUAGCUACUACAACCCACGGCAGUUCAGAGAGCAGUGACUCAUUCGUCGGUCGAGCUUCCAUUGAAAGUGGAAUAGCAAAAGUUCAACAGAUACUGUCCAGAGUCAGUGAGAGAACGUAAUUAUCCUAAACAACAUUCGAAAAUUGUAGGAAGAAAUAGCAAUCUAUUGUUGUUCGUCAGGAACUUUUAGGAAUUUUUACAAAACUUUUUCUGUGAUACUUGGUUGAACUGAUGUCGUAGAUCAAUGUCAAAAUGUGAUUGUUAAUGUCUUGGGUGAUUUUCCAUGUGCUCCAUAUGUGACAGACUUAAAAGUAUUCUUGACUAUUUUGAUACAUUUUAAGAGUAUACAAAGUAUUACUGAAAAAUAUAUGAGAAGUUUAUGAAAGUUUGUAAGAAAAAAAAAGUAUUUUUGAUGCUGUUAAUAAUUCACUUAAUAAGAUAUAUGUUCCACACAAUAGUGGCAAAACCUUCAAAGUGUUGUUUGCAUUAGUUGUACUAGUUAAAACUUAAACAAAGGUCAUAUUAUAUGUUAAAAGAAUUAUUAGAGCAUUCAAAACGUAAAAACUGGCGAAGGCAGUGGAAAACCCAUGAAGUGCGAAUUUCAAAAGGUACUUAACGUUUAAGAAAAAAAAAGAUAAGCAUAUUUACAUGGUUGGUUUUGAAGAGGAAUGAUUAGACUCUCAAAAAUUCUGUUCAACUUUGGACCAUUAUAUCUGAACUUUGAACCAAAAUGCGGUGCACAUUUGCUACAACCUUAAUGAAAAGUUAAAUUGAACCAUACAUUCGCUCUGGUUAAAUCAUAAUAUCGUGUAAUCAAGUUUAAGAAAUGCGAUUAUAUGGUUCACCUUACCAACAUAUAAAGGUUACCACAAGUUUGGACGGUUCAACACAUAGAAUAAACGUGUGAUCAAUCAGUACGUAAACUCGAGUAACUAGUCAACUAUUGUUUCAAUCCAUAUAUAUAAAUAUGUCUUUUCGAGUGAGCGGCAAUAGCUCGGUGGUAAAAGUCACUGACAGAUCAUUGUGAUAGACUGGGCUUCAAACCUUCAGCAUCUUGAAGCUUCAGAUUGAUGAGAAGCAGCUUGUCCAGUCCUUUGACGCUGAAUUUUUAUUAAAUAUAUUUUACAUACUUUUUCAUUACUUUGUAUUAAUUUAUCCCAAAAUAAUUUUUAAAAAACUAUAUCUAGCAUUUUAAUAAUAUAAAAUACAGCGUGAAACACCAAUGUCUUGUUCUUCAUUAAAAGUAAAAUCUUCAAAGCACUGCUCACUUCCAAUCAAUAAUUUUUCAAAUUUGCACUCACUUGCAGUUAUC